GGCGGGAUAGAAGUCUUGUGUGGGAGGGAAGAGCAGGAAGAUGUUUCUCCUGGGCAUUGGGGAGCAGCAGCCUGGGUAUACUGGAGGCUCCCUCCCCUCCAGCCCGUCCUCUUCUCUUCCUCAGAGCUAACCUGCAGACAGGUGAGUAGCAGGUCUGGAAGCAGUAGGGCAAAGAAUAAUAAGAAGAAGACGUCUACUAAGGAGCCACCAGCUUCACAGAACACACAAAGUGCCUGGGCAGGACACUUUGCCCCACUGCUCCCUGGCUGUUGCACACUGAGCAAAGAAGUAGUCGGAAGAUGUUUACCUCACUUUAGGUGCAGGGCCAGUUAUCCUCCAAGGAAGGGUGGCUUCCUUGGAGACAGGGGGUUGCAUCUGCCUGUGGGAAAUGAGGCAAAGGGAUGGAGAAGCUGGUCAGGAGAAGCAGUCAAAAGAAUGUAUUCUUGAGCCACUCCAAAAUUAAUAAUAAUCCACUGCACAGACCACAAAAGAGCCACUUACUGUCAAUAGGUGGUAAGGAUGCUGUGAAAAGGGGAGAGCAGAGGUGUGGAAAGUAAUGGGAGGGAAAAUAGGAUAUAGACAUAUGUAAUAUUAACUGGGAGCAGGCAGUGCUGGAAAACAGCUUUUCAUUACCUUUAUUGUCAAGUUUAGGUCAUGAAUAAAUGUAGAGGUGUGGGAUUUAAGUAACAGAAGGAAUAUAAUUUGCUUAGGUGGGAGGAGGAUUUGCUGCCAUGUGAACAUCUUCACCACUUUCUCCACGUUAUUCCGUUUCCAAGACCUGAAUAUGCGCUGGAUGUGACAAUGAAUAGAUCUUAGUGGUUUGCCUGGAAUAGAGUAGCAGAGUUCAUUUUUUAAAGAAGAAUCACACCUCAGCAAAAGCACAAUAUAAGUACAGACAUUAAUCCAUUGCACAGUGGGUAGGAUUGUGCUCUCAUGCUUAGUAAUAAUAGUUGUAGUUGUAGCAGUAUAGUUAUUGUUAUUUAGAUGUCUUAAGCCCAUUCUGUUCCCAAAUACUGUAAUAAAAUAAUAAUGUAAAAAAUAAAAGACAAACUCUUUAUCAGUGUAAGAACACAUCCUCAGUCCAUGCCCAGUGGAAGAAAAAUGCAUGUUGGAGAAAGAGAAGUAAUAUUAAUGAACUAGAUAAAGGUUAAAGGGCAGCAGAUAACACAGAACAGGUGCAACAGGAAAAUUACAGUGGAUGAAAUGUAUUGGGAGAGUCUCCAAUUUUCAUCAUUUCUGACCAUUGGUCAUGUUGGCUGAGGCUGAUGCGUGUUGGAGUCCAGCAACAACUGAAGGGCCACAGGUUCCACAUUCCCAGUUUAAAGGAUGGAGUUAGCUUAUUAGCAGGUGGUAUGAGAGGGCUAUUGCAGAGGGAACUGUGUGGUGGAAAGCCCUCAAGUAAACGUGAGAAAAAUGCAAAGGGGCCACAACUGCACAAUAAGUUUUGUGAAGCAGUAAGGAGCCAGCACAGAAUGGAAUGUGAUAAGAGUUCUCAUAAAGAACUCAUCCACUAUGAGUACGUUAGAACCAUUUGUCCUCUAUGGGCUUGGAAGACAACCAAGAAAAAGCUGAUGAAGGAAAUAUUUAGGUUGAAAAUGAAGGUGUUUUUAAAUAACCAUCACCCUGCCUGAUGAACUUAGAGAGGCAUUGCUAUAUCCACAAUCCACUCUUGUAACCAAAGUGAAGGUUACCUCCGCUGAAUGGAUUAUUCUGUGUUUGUUACUGGAUUGUGUAUUAUGUACGCUGAAGUAUUUACAUUAGAUAGCAAUGCAUAUUAGAUUUCCACUAGCAUACAAUUAGGUAAGUGAAAAGGACAAUAGACUGCAAGUCAGCUUGCGGUCACUUGAGCCAAUAAUCUCUCUGUGUGGUUACAUUCUCCAAGGUGAGCUUUGAAGAUAACUUCAGAAAUGUUAUUAUGUUUUUUUCAAAAGACACUGUCAAAGAGCUCUCCUUGGGUGAUCUCUUUUGCUAAGUAUAUUUGCUGCAAACCAGUGACUUCCAUAUAAUUUCAUUCAUAUAUAUAUAUAUAUCCACCUGGUCAAGAUUACAGUUGGCUAUGCUAUGUUGACUUUCCUUUACUAUGUCAUCACCAUCAGUCAGGGCCAACAUUGCAGAGCUUGAUUUAUAUUUGUGGUGUACAUAUGAUUUAUAUGUAUAUAAAUAGUGGGUUUCCCCUGCUAGAUAUAUAGGCAGACUACUCAGAAAGAGCCCCUGUAUUGGGAUUUGCUUGCAAACGUCUCACUUAUUGGAUUGUGAAAACAACUGCACAUGCACUUUGACACAAUGGGCCAGUGCAACUGGCUGUUAACUGGAAGGUUGGUGGUUUGAGCUCACCCAGGGAUGGCUGUGGGCUGGAUUCCUUCAUUGCAGGUGGUGGGACCAGAUGACCCUCAGGAUCCCUUCCAACUCUUCUCUUCUAUUAUGAUUCUAGGACAUGGAUUGUGCAAAGUAGAUGUGGGAGAGAGAAUCCAUUUUGUACCAAUUAGCCCUUGGAAUUAGCCCAAAAUACAGCAAACUAUGUGUGGACAUCCUUAAGAACAAGGUCCAUCUCCUUCAGCAUUCUGAAUUGAGAAGCAGCUCUGGCUCCAGUUGCUGCACCUCAGCAUUCCAGGGUGGGAAAUAAAGAAAAUCCCACAUGCCUGAAACUUCCCCAUCUCCCCUUACUUAUAUUGCUGUCAGGAUGCUGUCAGCAGCUCCCAGCUGGUUGCCCAGGAAAGUAUAAAGACAAGGAAAAGUUUCUCACAGUCCUUUUUUAUUUCAAUCUUUACAGAGAGAGGCUAUAGAACCCAGCCUCUUGGAUAAUGGCGUUGGCAUGAGUGAAUCCCCACCUACCACCUCUCCCAUUUCCUCAUUCGUCAUCCUCAUCAUCUCCUCUAUGGGUGCUGCUAAGUGCCCUCUGUCUUUGAGCUCUCUGCUCUCCUACUUUUAAGGCUCUCCGGGUUCUGGAAGAUGAAGGGUCUGGAAUGCUUUCUAAUGACAACGUGUCAGCCAGGUGUUGCUCUGGCUCUCCCAUGAUUUCCCAAUCUCCCCUCUCAUCUGACUCUGAGCUGCAACCUCCCUCAAGCCCCUGUUGUAAAUCUAUAAUGUCUUCCUCUUCCUCCUCCCUGAAAGGGUCAGGAUGGGGAGGUGGUCUCCACCAUUCCUUCUCUGCCUAGUCCCUGACAACUGCACUCUCUUAUCCCACCCCAUUGCCCACAAUUCCCUCAUCUGCAAUACUUACGCUUUGUCAUUGCUGCAUCUAUUGUCAUUGCCAUUGAUGCAGUGAGAUAACUAGGUAAGAAAGUGACUCAUUCAAUAACACCUUGUGAACUUCAUAGCUGAACGGGGAUUUGAACCUGGGUUUCCCACAAACAAGUCUAAUAACAUGCUACAGUGGGGUCUGUAAGAUGGCAGGUGUAAACCCCACUAAUGAGACUAGUAGAAUAGGCUUGUUAAUUCAGUGUCCAAAAGCAAAAGAGGUGCUCUCUCUCUCUCUAGAUUAACCCAUUCAUUUUCUAUGAAUUUGCAUUAAAAUUGGGUUCAUCAUGGGACUGACCACCUUGUUGCCAUAAGAGCUGCAAUGGAACUGGACCAGAGGUGUGCUUGUCCUCUUUGGAGAAGUUGUUUGUAUGAAAUGUACCACUUUCUGUUAUACCAAGCAAAAUGCUGCUAUAGUUGGGUGCAUAGUGGUAAGAAAAGCAAUAUAUGGGGGUCAUGGUUGCUUAGACACUCAUAGACAUGAACCCUCUCUAGACUACCUGCACAAGUGUUCAUUAAAUGUGUUUUAUUUUUCUAGCUCUUCUUUGAUAUAGGAAACUUGAUUGGAUAGACAUUUUUAAUCAUGGAGCUUGUAGGCUCUACCUUGACGGCAACAUAUGCCCAUCCAAGACCAACGCCCUCAAAUUUUCUGCCGGCCAUCAGCACCAUGGCAUCGAGCUAUAAGAACAGAUUCCCUCACUAUGCCCUGACCCACAGCUUGAGCCUUCCUUGGAGACCUAGUGCCUAUUACAAAGUCGCUGCUAUCACUCCAACUUUGGCCCCCUUCUCCAAGAGUUCUCAAGGGCUCACGCCAUGCAACAUGCUCCCCUAUGUUUCCAACAGAACAGCACUCUUCACUAGGUACACUCCCGAAGACUGGUAUAGAGCUAACCUAACAAAUUUCAAGGAAUCAGAGGCAUCACGCCACAAUGCCGAGAGGUUGAGGGUGGACACUUCCCGGAUGAUUCAAGACAAGGACCAGCAGAUAAGGAAAACCCAAACGGAAUCAACAAGAAAUCUAGGAGAACGAGUCAAUGACAUCAUAUUUUGGAAAUCAGAGCUCAACCACGAGAUUGAUGGAAUGAUUGGGGAGACAAAUGCUCUUUCAGAUAUGAAGAAACGACUUGAAAGAGCCAUAUUAGAAACAGAAGGGCAACUCCAGGUAAACAGGCAGAUGGUGAUGAUUAUUAUAUUAAUACCCCACCCAUCUGGCUGGGUUGCAGUAAUGCGCGGGUGGUGCUGUGGGUUAAACCACAGAGCCUAGGGCUUGCCGAUCAGAAGGUCGGCGGUUCAAAUCCCCGCAACAGGGUGAGCUCCCAUUGCUCAGUCCCUGCUCCUGCCAACCUAGCAGUUUGAAAGCACAUCAAAGUGCAAGUAGAUAAAUAGGUACCGCUCCGGCAGGAAGGUAAAUGGCGUUUCCGUGCGCUGCUCUGGUUCACCAGAAGUGGCUUAGUCAUGCUAGCCACAUGACCCGGAAGCUGUACGCCGGCUCCCUCAGCCAGUAAAGCGAGAUGAGCGCCGCAACCCCAGAGUCGUCCGUGACUGAACCUAAUGGUCAGGGGUCCCUUUACCUUUACCUUCAGACUACUAGGGGCCAUGCAAACACAGCCAUGCAAAACUCUGCUUAGGGUUCACCUGAACCCAUUUGAGGUUAUUAGGCAACGAUCCAAAUCAUCAAUAUAUGCUCUCUCUUUUGGCAAAUGAGCACACCAGAGCUGUGUUAGGCUUAAGAAGCCUGCCUUUCAAACACUGGUACUCCAACUGCAUCUAUGGCUGGGCUUCGCGGCUGAAGUUCAAGCCGUGCAUUUCAUAGACAUCUGAAGGCAGCCCUGUUUCUGGAAGCUUUUAAUGUUUUAUGUAUUUUUCCUUUAUAUUUUGUUGGAAGCCGUCCAGAGAGGCUGGGGCAACCUAGCCAGAUCGGCAAGGUGUUCUUGUAACAGUGAUAAGUUACUGUUCUUGUUUUAUUCCAUAAUAUACUACUUUAUACCACUUUACAUGUUAAAAACACAGAAAGAUAACUUUCACCAUUUUCCCCUGUAAUGUCAAACAGGUAGCCCAGGAAUGUCUGCUUCACCGAGAGAAGAGGAUGGGCAUUGACCUUGUUCAUGAUGAUGUGGAAAAACAACUAAUGACAGUGAGUUGCCCGUUUAGUACAUAACAUGAAAUUUGUAGUUUUUAACUGUGGGCUAGUGGUAUGUUGUAUAGUAAGUAGCUUUGAACAUAUAUGCAAGUGUUUGUUUAUAGCAGGGUUGGGAAGCCUUUGUUCUGUGAGAUGCCGUUGGACCUCCAAUUCCCAUCAGCUCCGGCCACCAUGGCUAGUGGUCACAUAUGAGAGUUGUGGUCCAGCAGCGUCUCUAGAGAACUGCAGGUUCCCCACUCCCAGUUUGUACCCUGACCUUUAAAACAGGGGAGGUCUCGGAGUCUUAAAUGUGGUCUGCACAAGGCCAGAUUUAGGUUUGAUGAGGCCCUAAGCUAUUGAAGGUAAUGGUGCCCUUUAUAUGUCCAUCUGUCCUUUGUCAACAACAAAUUGUCACUGUUUUUUGUGUUGAAUAUAUGCUAUAUGGUAAUUUAUGGACCUAAUAGGUAUCUAAAUCCAUUUUAUUUGUUUUUAUCUUAUAUUUUGGAAAUGUACAUCCAGGUUUUUUUCCUUUAAAUUCUUUUGGGGGCGCCAAGAGAGUGGGGCCCUAAGCUAUAGCUUGUUUAGCUUAUACGUAAAUCCAGCACUGGGUCUGCACGGUGCUGUCCUUGUCAUCUCUUUCUGCAGCUGUAAACAAUACUGUGGCAGAGAGGAGGAGCAUUUCAGUGUACUUCACGUAAGUGCUUGUCUUCAGGGUCAGGAGCAGGUACAGAAUAAAAAAGCCAGGAAUAUCCACAUCAAGCCUUUGCUGGCUACACAGAGGUAACUUCAAACUGAUACACAUUGACCUCAGCCAUUGAAAGUUGAGAAGUGGGGGCAUAUGAGAAAUAAGUGUAACAUCCUAUUACAAGGGAUAAAUGCACAGCGAGUAUAUUGCUAUAGUGCUGCAUGUUGAAAUAUAUUUUUAGUAGAAAGGCAACUAGUCUGGAAAUGGAGGACAGCAAAGUACUGCCUUGGCAGUCCACCAUCUGAAUCAGCUCAGCAGCAGCCUGCCUGUGAUUUAUUUUUUUUUCUUCCAGUAGUUCCUGGACAGUAUUUAGGAACCUCGCUGGAGCCAUAUCAGGCAGGAAGUUUCCCAAGAACAAUUUUGUAUUUAUCAGUGCUAACCUGGAUGUGCCUCCCAGCCUUGCUUUCCAUGGUACAUCCUGCCUCUUUGUCUUCCUGUAUUUGCGCUGCCUUCUCUCCAGUGUUUGCUUCUUCAUCCACUACCACUAGUGUUCCUUGCCACAUGAACUGUCUGCUUAUCUUUCAUUUUCUUCCUCAUAUGUGAAGACAGUGACAUCUUUCCCCUGUGAUUUGUCCUAUAAUUACUGAUUCCCCUCAAACAUACAUGCAUACAGUGCUAGCCCUGCUGAAGAGCACAGAGCUCAGAUUCUGGAUCAGGAACUUCUCAAUGUAGCUCAGUUCUGGCCCACCCCUGCUGACUAUUGAGGUGCUUCAGGUCUUCUGCAUGGUGUUCGCUUCAUCGCAACAUUUCCCUGCAAGAAAGGUAAUUGGGCAAUGCAGAGUCCCUUCUCACAAUGUUAUUUUAAAAUCCUGCGUCACCUCCCAUGAUCAUCAAUGGAAGAUUUCACACUGACGUCAAUAACAGCAGCACCAACCCAUUCCAAUGUCCAUUUCCAAGCCAUCAAUGUUCCUGCCACUCUGUCCAGAGCACAAAUUUUGUUCCCUUAGAAAUAGCACCGGCCAAGCCCUACUGUCAUUUGUUCCAAGGUGCUUAUUAGCUCAUGAAAGCAAGCAACCUACAGCACAGCUGGAUGCCACAAGCUAUCUGGAGGAUGCUGUCAUCCAAAGGAAAUAAGGAGUUUCCAAUAGGGAGCGCCACAUGGAAAAAUCCAGUCCUUGGGAGCUGCCUGUUUCUUCAUUUUCCAGAGCCAAGGCAUGUGGGUAUCAGGAGAGCUUCAGACAUUAAAUGUGUUUCUGGAAACCAAAGUCAAGCAAAAUUGACUCUGGUUUGCUGAGAAUGUAUCACAGACAAUUAGACAAAUUCAUAGACAAUAAGGCUGCCAAAGGCUACUAGCCAUGAUGAUGGUUCUACUCCCAAUGUUGCAAGCAGUAUGCUUCUAAAUACCAGGUGCUAGAAACCACAGAAGGGGAGAGUACUGCUGCACUCAGGUCCUGCUUGCAGGUUUCCUGGGAGCAUCUGGUUGACUGCUGUAAAAAUAGGAUGCUGGACUAGAUGGACCAAUAGCCUGAUCCUACAUAAGGACUGUUCUUAUGUUCUUAAGUGGAUAGAAAAGGAAGAAGCAUGUGUGCAAGGUUCUCUACCCUGUACUAACCACCACUGCUCAGGACAGAUCUAUAGGCUAGUUUGCUCAUUCACCUUUUGUAGCAAACCCUGGACUGAUUAAAGUUUGGAUUUCUUUGCACAGUCAAGAAAUUGGCCAUGCCCAAUGAAUUAAAAAUGAGAAGCAGAAUCACUUUCAUCACUCCUGUUUUGGGGACCAAGCCUUCUGUAUGAACAGAUAGCAAAUGGCCCAUCUGUCUUGUCACAUUAGCGUUAAAAUUACUAGCCUUAAUUUAUAUGUUGAAUUUCUGGCAAGCUUCUCAAAGCAACUUACAACAUGUAUGCUCAGAGAUAUAAUAUAUCAUGAAAUGCAAUUAUUAUACAAUGUAAAGGGUGAAAAGAAAUUAAACAUGGCAAGAGUUAAAAUUAGAAAGCUCUAGUCAGUUAUUAUAAGGGACGCGGGUGGUAUUGUGGUCUAACCCAUUGAGCCUUGGGCUUGCCGAUCAAAAGGUCAGCAGUUCAAAUCCCCACGACGGAGUGAGCUCCCAUUGCUUGGUCCCUGCUCCUGCCAAACUAGCAGUUCGAAAGCAUGCCAAAAAGUGCAAGUAGAUUAAUAGGUACCACUCCGGCGGGAAGGUAAACUGCAUUUCUGUGUGCUGCUCUAGUUUCACCAGAAGCGGCUUAGUCAUGCUGGCCACAUGACCCGGAAAAACUGCGGAGCAGACAAACGCCAGCUCCCUUGGCCUGUAAAGCGAGAUGAGCGCUGCAACCCCAGAGUUGUUCACAACUGGACUUAACUGUCAGGGGUCCCUUUACCUAGUCAGUUAUUGCAAAUAUCAAGGGGGGAACGGCUCUCCAGUCCAAAAGAAUACUUCUGAUGACUCAAGUUAUUCUGAGCGUGCAGUGGUCUUAAGAAGGCCUCGUAUUGCCAGUCUGCAAAUUGAGGCUUUUGCGGAAGGGAAUUCGAAAAUAUGAACCCCUGCAGUGCCCACCUACCAAUCUGACCCAACAAAUAGAAAGGAAUUUUCAUUGGUCCUUUCCAAACAAUCUUAAAAGAGAGGACACUUACUCUUUUACUGGAACAGGGAUAGCCAAUGUGAUGCCCUGCAGAUGUUGCUGGACUUCAGCUCCCAGUUGCUCAGCCAGUAUGUCCAAUGGUCAGUGAUGAUACAGUUUUGUAUUCCAGCAACACCUGGAGGGCGCAACAUUGAUUACUCCCGUGCUAAUAGAAUGGCAAACUACUAACCAUCUUGUAUUGCAUUUUCUUCCAAUGCUUGAGGAGGCCAUAAAGGAGUGGAUUUUAAAACUGUAAUUCACAUUAUCCUUCAUUAAUCAAGGGAAAUGUUGACAGGAUUUUUUGCUAUUGUAACUUGAUCAGGAGGUUGACGUCAUCCUAUCAUGCCAAGAGAGAAUGAGAAGAUACCUGGGUAAGACAGCGGCCCAACUUGCGUAAGGAAAAUUUUAAUCUCCACCUUUCUCAAAGGAUCUUUAAAAACAAAUUUUGAUGCAAGCACCUCAUCCAUUUUCCCUGUAGUGCAACUUGAGGGGGAGAAAAGUCUCCAAUAUGCUUCUUGGCCUUUUCAUUCAACAAGACCAGAAAGAAACCAAAUGUCUAGGAGAGUUACAAAAUUGCCUUCUAAGCAUACAUACUAAAAGGCAGAUGUGCAAGAUUAAAGAUGACCCUGGAAGUUAGCUUUUUACCUAGGGGGAUAAUGGAAAUUCCCUAUGGGAGAACAGCUUGCCAAAUCCAGUGUGCAUGCCACCUUAUAGAAACAGGGAACUAAAAGAAUGUGAAACUAUGGUUUACAAAGCUGGCUUGGUUCCAUUAACCAUAGUGAAGAUUAACCACAGUUUUAGGGUUCAGGCAUAACACUUAACUGUUUAAUGGAAGCAGAAGCUUUUCAUCUCUUCCAUGUAGCUGUGCCAGGGGGGAAGAGGGGAUGCACAAACCCAGGGCUCACGGGCUUGUACUCAUCACACUAAGCGUAGUUUUGCAUGAUGUCUGAAUCCAGCCAGUCAGAAGGGAUAGAUAUAGCAGCGAGAAAGGCAAGGGAAAUCAGGACAAUAAAUCAUCUCCAACAGCCCAUAGAGCUACCCCGAUAGCAGCGCACAGAUUUGAUCCAGAUGUCUCUCCACAUAUACUGAACUUGUUAAGUUUUACAAGAGACAUCUGCCUCUCGUUGCUAAAGUGAACUGCUUUUCAACAUUCCCAAUCAUGGUUACUGUUGAAAAAAGUGAAGUGCAAAAAUACAGAUUUUUUAAAUAUUCAUAUCCUGCUCCUAGGUGGGACUCCCAGUGGUCUCCCAUCCAGAUUACUGAAGCUUGUUUUAGUUCAAUAUAAAGCAGCUGAUGCUCUCCUUCAUCAGGCCCACAUUUUUAAAAAUGAUAUAGAUACCAUAAAAUUAGUCAACAAGUUUUAACUAUCUACUGUAUCUAUCCUACAAAGUACAACAUUUUCUAAUUCAAAAAUUCACAUUCUGGAGUGUUGGAUUAGUGGUUUUCACAACAAACACAUAUUAUGCAGACACCACACACACUUAUGCUGAAAAGCUGAUUAGGCCAGGGUUGCUAGAUGUGCGUACACAGUGGGUACAUGUGUGUAUGUACAUCACAUGUGUGCUUGUGCUUGCUGUAGCAUUUGCAAUUUCAUCUGUGCCAAAUAUCCACCCACAUGCAACUUUGGUAUGAAACUGGCACUUCGGUGGAAUUGAAAUGUUUGGCUUUAUGAUGAUGUAAAACGGGGGGAGAGGGGAGCCUCGGGUCUAUGAGGGUGAAUGCAGACCUCCAAGCCUCUCUAUCUUGCCUUCUGGAGUACUCCCCCCCAGCCCCCCCCCCACUCCUCAGCCGCCCACCCCUACUGACUGACUUUUGCACCCACCUGGAGCACUUCUUCCUGGCUUGUAUGUAUCCUUGCUCUCUGAUAAUGCUUCCCUGGAUGGAGGACAGAUAAGGCCGAGUGUAAAGAUACCAGCCUACUGCACAAAGCUAACAUUUACACUCAUUGCUCUGUCAACCUUUGGCCCCACCCACCCAUGGGCAUGUGGCCCCCCAAAGGGAAAGUGGUCCUCAGUCUCAAGAAAGUUCCACACCCUUGCCAUAAAGCCACUUCAAAGCGAGCAAUGUGCUUCUUUGGCUCAGCCCUAGUAAUAAUGUAUGGAAUCGUCUUAAGUUCUUCUGCCUGAAUGGUCAGUGUCUGACCAUUCAGACACUGCAUGAGAUGUUAACGUCUUUACAGAAGAUUUACUGUCUAUAGAGAAACCAUGUCUAUGUUCCACGUGCAAAAUGUGCUGUCUCUACAGGAGAUGAAUGCAUGGUAUAAGGCCAGGAUUAUAACCUCUGGUUUGUGCCCUAGUACACAUGUUGAUGAUGUAUGCAGUCAGUUCUGCCAAUACAAUACUGGAGUUCUUUAUCAUAGGAAUGCCAUAAACAUGAAGUAAGGAUUUAAAACUGAACAUCUUACCAUUGUCAUGAAGGGGAAAUAGAAGGUUGAGAAGGUGGUCUCGGGGUGUGGGGGUGUGGCUAUUUAUGUUGUAACUACUCAGGUUCUUUUCCCUUGAGCAUCUUUUGACCCAUUUUAUUACAGAGCCAAUAGAGCAGCCCAGCAUGAACUGGAGAAAGACCUGAGUGACAAGCAAGCAGCUCAACGAAUCGAUGACAAGUGCCACCAUCUCAGGAACACAUCGGAUGGCAUUUCCUUUUAUCGAGGCGUCGAGCGAGUUGAUGCCACGUAAGUAUCACCUGGAGCUGGGCAUACAAGCACCAGAUCUAGCCGCAGGAGGCAUGCCAACAGAAACAAGGAUUGUGCUACAGCUGACAUUGGGUGAUGCCAGGUUUCCUCUGAUGCCUCAUCCAUGAAGACCAUCACCUGAUUCAGAUGAUAACACAUGUGUGUUUGAGCCCCAAACUAGUUUGGGAGCAUAGAACUGUAGAGUUGGAAGGGACCCUGAGGAUCAUCUGGUUCAACCCAGGAAUAUGCAGCUGUCCCUUACAGGGAUUGAACCUGCAACCUUGGUGUUAUCAGCAACCAUGCUCUAACCAACUGAGCUGUCUUAAGCAAUCAUCUGUUAUUCACUCUAUUUCCAAAGAUCAGGCUGUAAGUGCUGUUGCAUAUGGCACAAUCCAUGCACAAGAGGGGAGGUAUCAGUAGGCUUGGGAUAGCCCCAGGUUUGCAGAAGGGUGGGGUGGAAGCUAAGGUGAGGUGAAGAAAACCUCAAGCAGCCCAAUAAAAACUGAGCCUGCUCAGUAGCCACAGAAUGCUGGCUGGCUGUUGCGGGUGUGGAGGCAAAUAGUGGGUGGGAGGGGAAAUGGAAUGGAGACACAAAUGCAAUGUUAGUGUUUCUGGCUUCUGCUUCUUCUUCUUCAUUUAAACCCCUUUCCCUCCCUAUUUCCCAUCCCGAAUUCCACAAGUAAUCUAAAAAGAUGCUCCAGAAUUAGCAUCCAGAAAAUCUACUUAAAAGCAGUUACACUUGUUUAAAAAACACACCAAAAGUCCAACUAGUACUCGUGGAAAUGUUAAAACAUGCAAUAUAUUGCCAAUGUAGCUGGUAUUCCUUCUGUAUCCUCCAGGCUUUAUUAUUUCAGGAAGUCCCAUGCAAACGAUGUGUACAAACUCUUUUGUUUGUCUCUUUUUGUGCUUUCCCAGGAUUUCUGUGCCAGAAUCCUGGGCCAAGUUUACUGAUGAUAACAUUAUGCGCUCCCAGAGCGAGCGGGCUGCCUCCGGCAAACUCAGGGAUGAUAUUGAAACGCUGCUCGUGACGACUGCCAAUGAGAUGUGGAACCAAUUCAACAAAGUGAAUGUUGCCUUUACCAACCGCAUCUCUGAAACGGCUGAUGCCAAAAACAAGAUCCAGGCCCAUCUGGCUAAGGUGGGAUUCAUUUCCAAACUUUCGGUUUGGGGUUAACUGCCUUCCCCUGCCUGCUUGCAUGAAUUGUCUGGAGCUAAGCCAAUGUUAGGGACGCUGUGGGUUAAACCACAGAGCCUAGGACUUGCCGAUCAGAAGGUUGGUGGUUCGAAUCCCCGUGACAGGGUGAGCUCCCGUUGCUCGUUCCCUGCUCCUGCCAACCUAGCAGUUUGAAAGCACAUCAAAGUGCAAGUAGACAAAUAGGGACCGCUCCAGCGGGAAGGUAAACGGCAUUUCCAUGUGCUGCUCUGGUUUGCCAGAAGUGGCUUAGUCAUGCUGGCCACUUGACCCAGAAGCUGUAUACCAGCUCCGUCGGCCUAAAGAGCGAGAUGAGCGCGCAACCCCAGAGUCGGUCACGAUUGGACCUAAUGGUCAGGGGUCCCUUUACCUUUACCUUUAAGCCAAUGUUGUGCCCCCCAGAUGUGGCUGGACUACAGCUCAAGGCAUCCAAAACUGUCGGCUAGGCUAGUUGGGGUUGGUGGGAGUCCAAAUCCGACACCAGGACUGCACGUGAUUGGCUACUGUUGCUCUUCCUUGUGCCUGCUCUCAGCUUGUGGCACACACCACAGCCUUCUCCAACCUCCUGCAGAUCUGCUACAAAUCCUUGAUUCUAUGUGCCCAGCACUGAAAGCACAACAACUUGCGUAGGAAUUGCAUGGUGCCUUCACAAGGCAUCCCCCACACCUGUGCAACACUGUAUACACACAGCAGCUAGGGCUACAGUUGCGUAGCCCUGAACAAUAAGCUAUCAUUGCACUGAGCAAUUUUGGGUAGGGAGUAAGAAGACUAAAUCCAGCCUUUCCUCCACUACUCCUCCAAAACAUCAAUGUGAUUCCUGCUUAUUUUACAAGGCACGUUUCAAAUGGAUUUAUGUUUUGUGUCCUAUUUUAUGGAUCAAGGCAGCAUUUGAGUGUGACGUUGUCGUUAGAGUGUAGAAUUGGGAAGAUCUGGGUUAAAAUCCCAACUCAGCCAUAAAACUCAAUGGGUGCUGUUUUGUCAUUCUCUAGUUGUCAGACUAAACUAUCUCACAGGGUUGUUCGGGGGGGGGGGGAUUGUUGUCUGGUGAGGGGGGGAUAUGUGCUGCUUGGUUAAAUGUAGACUUACCUGGGAGCAAGUACCAUUAAACUCAGUGGGGCUUAGACAUGCACAGGAUUGCAUUUUUUAUUCCUUGAAUUUCACUAUAAAAAACAACAUUUUCUGGAACAGAAAGGAGUACUGUCUAGUCUGUUGAGGAGGUCUGUAAUCUUCUGGUUCUCUGUCUUAGCAGGGGUAGCCUAAUGGUACAUUCUUAUAGUUAAAUUAUGGAUCUUGCUCCCACAAUAAAUAGGGAAGACCACCAACUUAAAUGGCUUUGAAAGGGCCUCGGACAAAUUGCGGGAGGAUAAGGCUAUCAGUGGCUCCACUGGUGGAUGCAGUAUCCCAGUUGCUGAUUAACAACAGCAGGAGAGGACUCUUAUGCUCGUGGGCUUCCCACAUGCAUGUUUUUGGCUACUGUAAGAACAGGAUGCUGGACUAGAUGGGCCAUUGGCCUGAUCCAGAUGGACUUUGACAGCUACAUGCUGAAAAUAUAUUUAAAGGGAGACAGCAACACUUGGUGAAGGUCCUCCCUUUUCCCCCUGCGUGAGCAAAGUGAGAUAAUGAAUUGAUGUGGCUUUUCUACAGUAAUUAGAUUGUUUAAUCUCAGAAACAUAGAGCUGGAAAGAGUCCAUAGAGAGUUCAUGCCUUGAAAAGGGACUCCUCCCCCACAACAUGGGGGUUGUGGGAGAGUGGAAGAAGGAAAAAAAACCCAUAUAUUUUUAAACCUCCAGUGUUGAAGAAUCCAUAGUCUCUCCAGGCAACUUUUUCCAUAGUAAAUCUGUUAUUGCAAUUAAAAAGUUCUUCUUGAAUGUUCAACAUAAAUCUUCUCUUUCAUCCUUUCCUGAGAAGCACAAUAUUUGUUUUUUCCUGUUCCCCAGUCUUCUUUUCUGGUCAGCUAAACAUGCCAUAUUCUUUCACUCUGUCCUCAAAAGAACUCAUCUCCAAGUUAUGGGCAUAGCCAGGAUUUUUGUUAGUGGGUGCAGAACCUCAGAUUUGUAUUGAGGACAACAGAUUGGGGCAGACUGUUCUAUGCUGUAUCUUUCUUGAGAUGAGUAUCCUCAUUAUUCUUGGGGAUCCACUGCUUUUAGAGAGUUAUUCAAGGGGCUUUCAGAUGGAAGACCAUUGAGUCAAUGAGUCACUGCACUAAGUCUGGGGAACUCUGUUGAGUCAACAUACCAGCUUCUGGAUGGAUUCAGGUUUUAUUACAGAAGUGCAAUAAUAAUAAAACAUGCAGUGGGGGAAAUCUCUACUAAUGUACAUUCUGUAUUUAAGACAGGAAGACAUUUGUUGUUGGGUUUUCAACCCCCUUAUUCCUCCAACUUGCAGACUCUACAAGAAAUCUUUGAGACAGAGAUGACUAUAGAAGCACUUCGUAAGGCCAUCAAGGACAAAGGGUGUUCCUUGAAGGUUGCCCAAACACGUCUGGAUGAGCGCUUGCGUAGACCCAACAUAGAACUCUGCCGGGACUCUGCCCAAUUACGGUAAGCAAAGGCAGCCAUCUUGCUUCCUUGUGGGGAAGGCGGGAAUGUGAUGCUGUUUGAUGAGUCUCAUAAAUUGCUACAGCCUUCCAUGCCCUUUGAAAAUAGGAACAUAGGAAUCGGCCACAUACUACAGUACAGGCAAAUUGUUCAUCUUACCCAGUAUUGUAUCUUCUGACAAGACAGUGGCACUCCAAGAGAUCUUUCCCAUCACUUCAUCCUUUUAACUGCAGGCACCAGAGACUAAACUUGUGGCAAUCCUGCAUGCAGAACAUGUGCUCUGCCACUGAGCUGCAGUCCCUCCCUUGAGUAACCAGCCCUACCAGCUCUCCUUUGAUGUCUACAGUCUUUUACGCCUAGAGGCAUCAAGGGUCCAGCCACACAUUUGGAUGAAGUGCAUUCAUAAAUCAUCUGCAGAUGAAUUAGCUCCCUGGGCUUAUGGUAAUAGUGCAAUGACCUUCCACAAGGCCUUUGUACCUUCUCAGGAAACUUGUUGGAAUAGUUUCCUUCUUCCUCUGCUGGAAACAAAGCACUGAAACAAAUUCUCCAUCUGCUCUGGUGUGGUCUUGGGCCGUUAUGACUGUCCCCUGCCGUGCAAUGUUGAAGGUGUCAUCAAUGCUCACCAAUAUCAACAGGAACUUCAAUCACACAUCUCUUCGCAUGAGAUGGGUCCUCUUGCUAAGAAUUAAAAUGCUAGAUUGUUUUGUGUUUGUUUUCUGGAAACAACAAAUCCUCUUGGACAGAUGAUGGAGUAUAUUUACUCACAUCAUCUGUGAAAGCCAGCAUAUUUUCCUGCAGAAGUCCAGUUUGGUCCUGGGCCAAACAAGAUGUAAUGCACGUAAUUUCAUGCAGUGUUACCCCAACAACCCUUGCUUUAAACUGUAAAUGCUGCUUCUGGGGAGAGACAUGAUUGGACUGGAUCAGUGGUAAGAGACUGAGAGGGGUGCUUAGGCUUUUCCAAACCAGUGAUUUUGCAGCUUUUCUUUUUGUUAUAUGCACUUGUAUGUCUCUAAAUUAACCCUUAUAUCUCCAUUUGCCAUUAAUUCAGCCAGCAAAGACGACUAGUCCUCUGAACUUAAUUGUCUAUUUCAGGCAUAGGCAAACUUGGCCCUCCAGAUGUUUUGGGACUACAACUCCCAUGACCCCUAGCUAACAGGACCAGUGGUCAGGGAUGAUGGGACUUGUAUUCCCAAAAUGUCUGGAGGGCCGAGUUUGCCUAUGCCUGGUCUAUUUCAUCACAUUUGUGUGUGUGUGUGCACGCACAGACCAGGAAGAUAUUAAUCGGACCCAUACUCUGCAAUUGAUGUAGGGAGACACGUAGGGUUAGAUCCUGUCUAAGGCUGCAAUUCCACCUUCUUUCCCUUAUUUUGAUGGCUAAGUAGUGGUGGUUAGGAUGCAGUGCAGUUACCCCUCUACCAGCUGCAUAAAAGCACAGCUCCAAAUGGAACAACACUGCUGGAGCUGACGCAGCAAAAAGAGGGGGGGACGCCCCACCUUAACAUUUCUGCACUUCCCUAACCCUUCCUAGAGUUGCUCUUCUAGUUACAAAGAUUUAUGUUAACUUCCUUAGUUGAUUUAAGUGAGGCCUGUGAGCAUCUAACUUAUUCUGGAUCUAACCCAGAGCCAGAAGAUGCAAGCGCAUAUUCAGGUUAUCCUGACUUUCUGACUGGUUAGGUAUUGUGAAUGAAUUCUAGAUCAGCUGGUUCCAUCUUAUAUAGCAGUAACAAAGAACAACUGUUUCUUCUUGCACAUUUCCUCUGACCUCCUUGGACCGGCCACAGCUGGAGACAGGAAACAGGGCUAAAUGGAUUGUUCGUCUAAACCAACAUUGGUAUUCUAAGGUUCACUAACUGGAAACAAAUGGGCCUCACCUUAGAGUGCCCCCUUGGCACACUGAGUGCUUUUAUUUACCUUUCAUUUAUUCACCACUCUUUAAUUUGUGAAUUCUGCUGGGUUUUGCCUACUCACAUUAGUUGUCAGAGGAAUGUGAACCCCAUAAAAAAAACACACACACUGACAAGCCAGAAUGCCAAAAUGAGAACAGGAAACCACAGCUUUCCAUUCUUUCUUUCUUUUUUCUCUUUCCCCCCUAAGUGGUACAGCCUGUCGCAUGGACUUAUUCCGUAAUUCACUCUAAAGUUUUGUCUUGCUCAUUUCAUGGGGGAAAGGACUAUUUACGACUUUGCUAAAAAGUACUGUGCUCGCUCCCUAAUGGAAAGAGAGCCUGCUGAGCACUAUCCUGAGCAAGGAGAUCACAACUAUUUUAUUUUGUAUUGAAUGCCACCAAGAAGCAGGCGGAAGAUUCACCAGCCAACCCCUCCAGGGGUUGUUGAAUUACAGCUCCCAUCACCCCUGACCACUGGCCAUGCUGACUGGGGAUUUGGAGUCCAACAACAUCUGGAGGGUACCAGUGUGGCUAGAAACAUGGAAGGAGGACUCCCUAGAAAAAUGGAAAGCGGAGAACUUGCUAACAUUCUUUCUUAUGUUCCAUGCAGCCUUGUGAACGAAGUGUAUGAAAUUGAUGACACCAUCCAGGACCUUCAGCAGAGGCUAAGAGAUGCAGAAGAUACGCUCCAGGCACUGGUUCACACCAAAGCCAAUCUAGAACAUGACCUGGCUGUCAAAGCAAAUACGCUCUUCAUUGACCAGGAGAAAUGCAUGGGGAUGAGGAAGACCUUCCCCAACACACUGAGGCUGGUGGGAUAUACAUAGGCUGGAGCUAACCCUCAAGGCAUUGCGUGGGGGGAUGGGAAAUUACUAAAGAAGUAUGUCUAGGGGAGGUUUGCUCUGUUGCACUUUUAUGAAAUUUUGAGGUGUUUAUUUUUGAAGAUAUGACUAUAUUUUCAUUUAUUAAAGCAUGCUCUGCACAUGAAUUUAGCUAUCUUCUAUUUGAUGUGUCUUCCCUGUUUUUUAUACUGAUAUUCUCUCCUUUAUGGGAUCUGCAUGCACACAAUGUUUAUUGUGGGCAGCCUAUGUCAUACAGUUCAAUCCAAUGCAUGUUUUUACUUGGAAGUAAGUCCCAAUGAGUUCAGUGAAGCUUACUCCUAAGUAAGUGAGCAUAGGAUUGUGUCUAAUGCCCUGGUUGAAUACAAAUAAAAGUGUGUGCAGAAGGGCAACUGUGUGCCUUUUUCCUUGAGUUGAGAGCUUGAUCCUGAAGCUAGUCUGUUAGUAUUCAGGACUGCCCAAUUGUCUGUUCAUGGAGUGGACUGAGGAAGGGAGACUGAAUCCAGCCUUAUGUGCCCCCUUCCCUCCACCCAAGCAAAUGAUGGAUUCUGAACACUGAUUAUCUGAUUAUUUUUUGUGUUUGUGCAGCCCAAGCUCCUGGACCACACAGAGCCAGAUCUUAUUCUUGUCAUCUCAGCCUAAAUUUUUAGGCAUCUCAAAUUGCAACAUUCCUUUGUUUUAUUUGAAUGGGGUGGAUGGCACAAAGCUGUCUGAAAUUUUUUAGCAAUUAGUGUCAUUAGGUGCUGAUAUUCAUUUUGUAUUUUUAGGUACAUGGAACGAUAAGCAUGAAUGAUGUGGCAUCAAAUAAAGAAACUUCCCAAUAUAUACCGUCCUAAGCUAUCAGACUUUU